AUGGACGCCACGGGCUUGCCAUGGGCAGCGCAGUGCGCGGGCAUGGCCUUCUCAGCCUUCUCCUUCUGCUUGGUGGCGCUGGCCGUGGUGCUCCUGCUCGUGCGCCGGUGGCCAUGGUGCAGCUGCCAUGUCUGCCGGGCGUACCUCACCGGGUCGUGGGCGAGAGACUUCACCAACCUCGGCGACUGGUACGCGCACCUGCUCCGGGAAUCGCCCACCGGCACCGUCCACGUCCACGUCCUCGGCUGCACUGUCACCGCCAACCCGGCCAACGUCGAGUACAUGCUCAAGACCAACUUCGACAACUUCCCCAAGGGCAAGACCUUCGCCGCGCUCCUCGGCGACCUCCUCGGCGGCGGCAUCUUCAACGUCGACGGCGACGCCUGGCGUCACCAGAGCAAGAUGGCCAGCCUCGAGCUCGGCAGCGUCGCCGUCCGCUCCUACGCCUACAAGAUCAUCGCCCAGGAGGUGGAGGCCUGCCUCAUGCACGUCCUCGCUGACGCCGCCGACAGGGGCGCCGUCGUCGACCUCCAGGACGUGUUCCGGCGCUUCGCCUUCGACACCAUCUGCAAGAUCUCCUUCGGCCUCGACCCGGGAUGCCUCGAGCGCGAAAUGCCCAUGUCCAAGCUCGCUGACGCGUUCGACACGGCGACGCGGCUUUGCGCCAUGCGCGGCGCGGCGGCGUCGCCGCUGCUGUGGAGGAUGAAGCGCCUGCUCAAUAUCGGGUCCGAGAGGGAGCUCAAGAAGGCCAUCAAGCUCGUCGACGAGCUGGCGGCGGCGAUGAUCCGGGAGCGCCGGAAGCUUGGCUUCACCAACAGCCACGACCUCCUGUCCCGGUUCAUGGCCUCCGCCGGCGACUCGCACGCCGUCGACGACAAGUACCUCCGCGACAUCGUGGUCAGCUUCCUCCUCGCCGGGCGCGACACGGUGUCCUCCGCGCUCACCACGCUCUGCAUGCUCCUGUCCAAGAACCCCGACGUGGCGGCGGCCAUGCGCGCGGAGGCCGGCGACGACUCGACGCCGGUCACCUACGAGCACCUCAAGGGCCUGCACUACACCCACGCGGUGCUCUACGAGAACAUGCGCAUGUUCCCGCCCGUGCAGUUCGACUCCAAGUUCUGCGCCGCCGCCGACGUGCUCCCCGACGGCACCUACGUGUCCAGCGGCGCGCGCGUCAUGUACCACCCCUACGCCAUGGGCCGCAUGCCGCGCAUCUGGGGAGCCGACCACGGCGAGUUCCGCCCGGACCGGUGGCUCACCGGCGCCGGCGGGUCCUUCGUGCCGGAGAGCCUGUACAAGUACCCGGUGUUCCAGGCGGGCCUCCGCGUAUGCCUCGGCAAGAAGCUCGCCAUCACCGAGAUGAAGGCGGUCUCCGUGGCGGUGGUGAGGGCGUUCGACGUCGAGGUGGUCGGGGAGAGUGGCAGCGGAGCCUGCGCGCCAAAGUUCGUGUCUGGGCUCACCGCGUCCAUCAGCGGCGGGCUCCCAGUGAGUAUUAGGAGAGCUAGAAAGUAG